UAUUGCACUUUUAUUAAAACAAGCACAUACUCUUUACUUAUAUGCCACAUUAUACAUGCAUAUACAUGUACCCACUCUACAACUUUUCAUUGUACUUUUAUUGACACUGGAAUGAGAACUUUCCCAUCACAAUUGUUAUACCUCAUUGAUAUUACUGAUAAUAAAUCAAUUCUUUAUAAGUGAUCUUACUUUAAUUGGUAGGUCAAUGUAGUCAGGGUUCACUUCGUCUUGUCAAUGGUGGUAGAUAUCAUGAAGGUCGCCUUGAGAUAUGCUAUCGUAAUAGCUGGGGAACAGUCUGUGAUGAUGGCUGGUCUAAUUUUAGUGCUCAAGUUGUAUGCAGACAGCUUGGAUUCCGUGCUACUGUUGAAUUGCAUAGUUGAAGUACUUACCACUUAUCAGAUACUAAUGAUAGCUCCUAAAAGAAUUGAAUAAAAGUGCUUAUUAUCGUGGUGAAGCCUUCUUUGGACGAGGGACUGGUAAUAUAGUAUUAGAUGAUGUUAGUUGUGUUGGUAUUGAAACAGCUUUAUACAGGCAAUGCCAUCAUAGACCUCCUCUGGUACACGAUUGUACUCAUAAUGAAGAUGUUGGAGUGGUUUGUCCUGAACCAUUUGAUGGUUCAGUUCGUCUUGUUGGAGGAUCUAAUAGUUCUGUAGGACGUGUUGAAGUAUACCGUAGUGGAUCAUGGGGUACUGUCUGCGAUGAUUAUUGGGACUAUAGGGAUGCUAGUGUUGUAUGUAGACAGUUAGGAUAUGGAUCAGGGACUGUACUUACUAAUGCUCAUUUUGGACAAGGAACAGGAGGCAUAUUCAUGAAUGAAGUUGCUUGUACUGGAUAUGAGUUAUUCCUUACCAACUGCUCUCAUACAGUUAAUCAUAAUUGUAGUCAUUAUGAGGAUGCUGGAGUUAGAUGCUCACAAACUUGCUUUGAUGGAUCAGUUCGUCUUGUUCGAGGAUCCAACAGUUUAGAAGGACGUGUUGAAGUAUGCAGAAAUGGAUCAUGGGGUACUGUCUGUGAUGAUUCAUGGGACAAUACUGAUGCCACUGUUGUAUGUAGACAGUUAGGAUUACGACAUGCAAUUGGGAUUGCAUAUUUUGGAGCAUAUUUUGGACAAGGAACAGGAAGUAUACUAAUGGAUGAUGUUCGUUGCACUGGAUCUGAAUUGAACCUUACUAGCUGCUCUCAUACAACUUUUCAUAAUUGUAGUCAUUCUGAGGAUGCUGGAGUUAGAUGCUCAUACAUUUGCUUUGAUGGAGAAGUUCGUCUUGUUGGAGGAUCCAGUAGUUUAGAAGGACGUGUUGAAGUAUGUAGAAAUAGAUCAUGGGGUACUGUCUGUGAUGAUUCAUGGGACAAUAUUGAUGCCACUGUUGUAUGUAGACAGUUAGGACUUGGAUCAACAGGGACUGCAUUUAGUAGUGCAUAUUUUGGACAAGGAACAGGACGCAUAGUAAUGGAUGAUGUUGGUUGUUUUGGAUCUGAAUCAAACCUUAUUGACUGCUAUCAUACAACUAAUCAUAAUUGUGAUCAUUAUGAGGAUGCUGGUGUUAGAUGCUCAUACAUUUGUAUUGAUGGAGAAGUUCGUCUUGUUGGAGGAUCCAGUAGUUUAGAAGGACGUGUUGAAGUAUGCAGAAAUGGAUCAUGGGGUACUGUCUGUGAUGAUUAUUGGGACACUAAUGAUGCUACAGUUGUAUGUAGACAGUUAGGAUAUUAUGUUACAGGGACCCCAUAUAGUAAUGCAUAUUUUGGAGCAGGAGCAGGAAGCAUAGUAAUGGCUGAUGUCCGGUGUACUGGAUCUGAAUCAUACCUUACUAACUGCUCUCAUAGAACUAAUCAUAAUUGUGUUCACUCUGAGGAUGCUGGAGUCACUUGUGCAGGCUCUGGUGCAUCAGUAGAAGCUAUUAUUGGAGGAGUAAUUGGUGGUAUUGUUUUCCUAAUCGUUGUAACUGCAGUGAUUGUUAUAUGUGUAGUGGCAUUAAAUUCCAAAUCAAGCCACUCCAGAGCUAGAGCCAGGCAAGCAGCUCCUGCAGUUCAAAUGACAUCAAUUCCAGUACAAACUACUAGUACUACAACUGGAGCUUAUAUACAAUCCCAGCCUAAGGCAGAAAAUCAACCUCCUCCUCCAUCUUACUCAGAGUAUAUGGAACAGCAGACACAACCGACUGCACCAAUGGCUCAUCCUGAAUAUGCUGCACCAGCAGGCUACCCUACACAAGGAUAUGGUUAUCCUGUCCAGGGUUAUCCUACACAAGGCUAUGGUUAUCCUGCUCAAGGUUAUCCUGCUCAAGGUUAUCCUGCUCAAGGUUAUCCUGCACCUCCUCCACAGCAGCAGGGUUUUGCUGUACAAGGAUAUCCUCAACAGGAUUAUUCUCAAACUGGUUAUCCCCAGCAAGUACCUUAUCCACAACAGCAGCAGCAAGAAGCACCAGUUAGGUAUCCACAGCAGGAGCCACAAGGAUAUGGAGGAACAAACCCUGGUACUGAUGAGUCUACUGGCUUUCGUGAUGAACCACCACCUCCUUAUUGAGCUCAUUGAUGUAUUGCAGUUUAUAUUUUUGUACUACCUAUUAUGUGGUCUUAUUUCAAUAGUCUACAUUUAUUUUAUUUUCUGUCAGAAUAGUUUAAUGCAAUUUCUAUAUGAAAUCAUCUGCCUCAUUUUGAAUACCAUCUCCACCCUAAAAUUAUUUAAUACGAUUGUUUAUAUUAUUAUUAUUAUUAUUAUUAUUAUUGUUCAUGAUAACUUAGAUUAAAUUGCA